UAUGCGGGGCAAGGACGACGAGUACGAUUACCUGUUCAAAAUUGUCCUCAUUGGAGACUCGGGAGUAGGGAAGAGCAAUCUUCUUUCUCGCUUCACCCGGAACGAAUUCAACCUGGAGAGCAAAAGUACCAUCGGCGUGGAGUUUGCCACCCGCAGCAUCCAAGUGGAUAACAAGACCGUGAAGGCCCAGAUUUGGGAUACAGCUGGCCAGGAGCGCUACCGGGCCAUUACUUCUGCGUACUACCGAGGGGCAGUCGGAGCGCUUCUGGUUUAUGACAUCGCCAAAUACCUCACUUACGAGAAUGCUGAGCGCUGGCUCAAGGAGCUGCAGGAUCACGCGGACACCAACAUCGUCAUCAUGCUGGUGGGCAACAAGAGCGACCUCCGGCACCUGCGGGCCGUGCCGACGGACGAGGCCAAGAGCCUCGCAGAAAAGAAUGGCUUGUCUUUCAUCGAGACAUCAGCUUUGGAUUCCACCAAUGUGGAGACCGCCUUUCACAACAUCUUAACGGAAAUCUACCGGAUUGUAUCCCAGAGGCAAAUUGCUGGCGGGCAGCCAGAGACGGAGUUCAGCCCCAGCAGCACCAUUGAGCCCAUCAAAGUCCUGCCCACCAACCAAGAAGGGAAACAAGCACCCUGUUGUCAGAACAUCUAACUUGCAGGAACUGUGA